UUGAAAAUCAGUGUCACCCUGAGCCUCCCUCAGGCUGGUGCUCCACUCUAUCAUUCAACUAUUAGGACCCACAACGCGAACGCAAUUUCAUGUCCAACUCACCACCACCAGCUCCUGCCUGUUCGCACACAGUAAGCGUCCAGCUCCCUGACCUCCUAUCUUCAUGUACACCCUUUGAACUACGCGUAAAUCGGCAUUGUAGGUCCGUGUCUCGAGCGAGCGAGGCGUGGCUGCGCGAGGUAGGGUUGAAGCUGGAGUGGAAAGGGAUGAAAGUUGGGUUGUGGGCUGCUUUGUGCUAUCCUGGUGCGGAUUUAGCGCAACUGAGGUUGGCGGUGGAUUUUUUGAGUUUGUUGGUUUAUGAGCAGGAGCGGGGGUGGGAGCGGAAUGGUUGUAGUGAUGAGAAUAAAAAUGAAAAUGAGAACGGGAUAUUUGAUCUGAUAUCCGACCGACUUAGUCGCGUCGCGUACAAAAGUCCAGCGUGGUACAUGCGUUUUCAUCGAUCCAUGCGUACGUAUUACGAUGCAAGGCGGCGCCUUCAUUCGUUGGAUUCGACGUGUAUCCCGGAUCUGGAGACAUAUGUCGAUCUGCGAAGAAACGCGUCAGGUUUGAGGAUGGUGUUUCACCUGAUCGAGUACGCGGGGGGAUUGGACCUCCCGGAACGGGUGUCUUCGCAUCCGGUGUUGAAGCGGUUGACAGACCAGGCUUGCGACCUUAUAGCUUGGUCUGAGGAUGCUAUCUCAUGCGCAAAAGGCAUGACUCCAAGCUCACGACUCAAUAUCGUCACCGUCCUAAUGAAAGACCGGAACUGUUCGUUCGGGAGUGCGCUUGCGUAUAUAGGCACGCUCGUGAAGCAGACCGCAGAUGCAUUCUUGGCUACUGAGCGCCAGUUCGCUGCGUGUGGUGUGAUAAAUGACGAUACGAGGCGGUAUGUCAGGGGGUUGUGGGAUUGUAUUGCUGGGAGUGUGAAUUGGCUGUAUGAGACGGAGAGGUAUUUGGGGACGAAGGGGAAUGAGGUUAGGGCGUUUGGAUGGGUGUUUGUGCCCGUCUUCGAUUGAUGUCCAUGUAUACAUACGAGUUUUGUGUACGUAUUGGAUGUAUUUCGAUUUCUGACUGACUGGGAGUGUGAAGGUGCCAUGCAUCGUUCCGUGGGUCCCCCGUUGUUACAUAAUUAGUAGCCGUAUUAUAGUAUGUCCAUUGUCGACUUGGCAGCUAAAUGCAUAGUUUCUGCACUAA